AACAUGGAGAAGGCCAAUCACACAGUGACUCAGUUCAUCUUGCUGGGUUUCACAACAGACCCUGUAAUGCAGCUCAUCCUUUUUGUAUUGUUUUUGGGAGUUUACUCUCUGACUUUGCUAGGAAACAUCACGCUCAUCGUGCUAAUCUGCAAUGACUCCAGGCUCCACACACCCAUGUAUUUCUUCAUUGGAAAUCUGUCUUUUCUGGAUCUUUGGUAUUCUUCUGUUUACACCCCAAAGAUCCUAGUAACCUGCAUCUCCGAGGACAAGAGCAUCUCCUUUGCAGGAUGUCUGUGUCAGUUCUUCUUCUCUGCUGGACUGGCAUACAGUGAGUGUUACUUGCUGGCUGCCAUGGCUUAUGACCGCUAUGUGGCCAUCUCCAAGCCCCUUCUUUAUGCUCAGGCCAUGUCAAGACAAUUGUGCAUAUGCCUGGUUAUGUACUCCUAUACUGGAGGAUUUGUUAAUGCAGUCAUAUUAACCAGCAAUACAUUCACAUUGGAUUUUUGUGGUGGCAAUGUCAUUGAUGACUUCUUUUGUGAUGUGCCACCUCUGGUGAAGUUGGCAUGUGAUGUGAGGAAGAGUUACCAGUCAGUUCUAUACUUUCUCCUGGCCUCCAAUGUCAUUACCCCCACCCUGCUAAUCCUGGCCUCCUACCUCUUCAUCAUUGAUGCCAUCCUAAGGAUCCGCUCCACACAGGGCCGCCUCAAGGCCUUCUCCACCUGCUCUUCCCAUUUGGUCUCUGUCACCCUGUACUAUGGUUCCAUUCUCUACAUCUACUCUCGCCCAAGUUCCAGCUACUCCCUAGAGCGGGACAAGAUGGUGUCUACCUUUUAUACUGUGUUGUUCCCCAUGCUGAACCCCAUGAUCUACAGCCUCAGGAACAAAGAUGUGAAGGAAGCCCUGAAAAAGCUCUUCAGAUUAGCACAGUCUGAAGUCUAA